GCUCGCUCCCGGUCCGCUUUGGCUUACGCGCUGCUGUGCGCGCCCUCGCUCUCUGCCCUGGUAGCGCGGUGCAGCGGUAGCAGGAGCAGCGCGGGCGGCGGGGCCGGUAGUCGGCUGAGGCGGCUAUUGCUAAAGCGAGAGCGCAGCGCACCGAGUAUCCCCCCUCCCCAUCACUCCCCCAAGGGCGCGCACGAAGAUGCCCUCGGCUACCAACAGCACCAUGGCGAGCAGCAGCGGCAAAGCGGGCCCAGGCGGAGAAGCUACCCCGGCAGCGGCGGCCGCCCCGCAGGCAUCGGGCGGCAGCAUCACCUCGGUGCAAACCGAGGCCAUGAAGCAGAUCCUGGGGGUGAUCGACAAAAAGCUGCGCAACCUGGAGAAGAAAAAGAGCAAACUUGAUGAUUACCAAGAACGAAUGAACAAGGGAGAACGUCUGAACCAAGAUCAACUGGAUGCGGUGUCAAAAUACCAGGAAGUGACGAAUAAUCUGGAAUUUGCUAAAGAGCUGCAGAGGAGUUUUAUGGCUCUGAGCCAAGACAUCCAGAAAACAAUAAAGAAGACAGCUCGCAGGGAGCAGCUGAUGCGAGAAGAAGCUGAGCAGAAGCGUUUAAAGACUGUACUAGAGCUACAGUUUAUUUUGGACAAGUUGGGUGAUGAUGAAGUGCGCAAUGACUUGAAACAAGGUUCAAAUGGAGUACCAGUGCUGACAGAGGAGGAACUGACCAUGCUGGAUGAGUUUUAUAAGCUAGUUUACCCUGAGCGAGACAUGAGCAUGAGGUUGAAUGAGCAGUAUGAGCAAGCAUCUGUUCACCUCUGGGACUUACUGGAAGGGAAGGAAAAACCAGUUUGUGGAACAACCUAUAAAGCUCUGAAGGAGAUUGUUGAACGUAUUCUUCAAACUAGUUACUUCGAUAGCACCCAUAACCAUCAGAAUGGAUUGUGUGAGGAGGAAGAGGCAGCACCCGCACCUGCAGUAGAAGACACUGUAGCAGAAGCUGAGCCUGAUCCAGCGGAAGAAUUUACUGAACCAACUGAAGUGGAAUCAACUGAGUAUGUAAACAGACAAUUCAUGGCAGAGGCUCAGUUCAGCAGUAGUGAGAAGGAACAGGUAGAUGAGUGGACAGUUGAAACGGUUGAGGUUGUAAAUUCGCUGCAGCAACAGACACAAGCUACAUCUCCUCCAGUUCCUGAACCUCACACGCUCACUACUGUGGCUCAAGCAGAUCCUCUUGUUAGAAGACAGCGAGUACAGGACCUUAUGGCGCAGAUGCAGGGCCCGUAUAACUUCAUGCAGGACUCUAUGCUGGAGUUUGAGAACCAAACACUUGAUCCUGCUAUUGUAUCUGCACAGCCCAUGAAUCCAGCACAGAAUUUGGACAUGCCACAAAUGGUUUGCCCUCCAGUUCAUGCCGAGUCAAGACUUGCCCAGCCUAAUCAAGUUCCAGUGCAACCAGAAGCUACGCAGGUUCCCUUGGUUUCUUCUACAAGUGAGGGAUAUACAGCCUCCCAACCCAUGUAUCAGCCUUCUCACACAACAGAGCAACGGCCACAGAAAGAAUCAAUUGACCAGAUUCAGGCUUCAAUGUCGCUGAAUGCAGACCAGACCCCAUCAUCAUCAUCACUUCCCCCUGCAUCCCAGCCACAGGUGUUCCAGGCUGGAUCUAGCAAGCCUUUGCAUAGCAGCGGAAUCAAUGUUAAUGCAGCUCCAUUCCAAUCCAUGCAAACAGUAUUCAACAUGAAUGCACCCGUUCCUCCUGUUAAUGAGCCAGAAACCCUUAAGCAGCAAAACCAGUACCAGGCCAGUUACAACCAGAGUUUCUCCAAUCAGCCUCACCAAGUAGAACAAUCAGAUCUUCAGCAAGAACAACUCCAGACAGUGGUUGGUACUUACCAUGGUUCCCCGGACCAGACUCAUCAAGUGGCAGGUAACCACCAGCAACCUCCCCAACAGAACACUGGAUUUCCACGGAACAGUCAGCCUUACUACAACAGUCGAGGAGUGUCUCGUGGUGGAUCACGUGGGGCUCGUGGCUUAAUGAACGGUUACAGGGGACCGGCAAAUGGAUUUAGAGGAGGAUAUGAUGGCUACCGUCCUUCCUUUUCCAACACUCCAAACAGUGGUUACACGCAGCCCCAGUUUAAUGCUCCUCGGGAUUACUCAAACUACCAGCGGGAUGGGUAUCAGCAGAAUUUCAAACGUGGCUCUGGACAAAGUGGACCUCGGGGAGCUCCUAGAGGUCGUGGAGGGCCCCCAAGACCAAACAGAGGAAUGCCUCAAAUGAAUGCUCAGCAAGUGAAUUAAACGAAUCCACAGGAUUACAUUAAACGCCAAAAACACGCUGGCCAGUGUACUAUACAUGUUACCAGAAGAGUUAUUAUCUAUUUGUUCUCCCUUACAGGAAGUUUGUUGUAAAGGGACUAUUUUCAUUACCCAUAAUGACAGGACUACAGUUGCCAGCUUUAUAUUACCUGGAUAUUGAAAGGAACGAAACAACGUUUACUCUGCAUGUUCUGUCCUAAGCAUCAUCUUGAGCCUUGCACAUGAGAUUCAGAUUCCUCACCCUUGCUAAGAGUAAAGCAAAAAAAAAAGCAAUUUUCAGGGUGAUCCAAUCUCCAUGGUUAACUGAAGUGGCAGGAAAAAGCAAAGACUCACUUCUGACAUUUAAAAGUGAUGUAACAAAUUUGGAUAAAACCUGCAAAUUCAUAAAGAUUUACUGUGAUGGCAGUUGACAAAACGUUCCCAUGAAAGGAUGGAAAAGGUGAAGUGUGGCUUGAUAGAGCAACUGCAUUUCAGCUUUUUCAUACUCAAUUGAAGCACUGAACAGUUCAAAGAUGCGUAACGAUGCAUUAUUUCCCUAAACAGACAACUGGGCUUAGAGCCAGUUCUUGACAAAGAAGCAGCACCCUUAGCUGCAGCACUCCUCAUCACCAGAGCCCUGUUCACUGUGGCUAAGGAUUUAAGAUCGCUUGCCUAACUGCUAAUGUAAUUGUGUAAUUAUUUUUAAAAAGAAAAGAAAAGACAAAAAAGAAAGAAAAGGAGAAAAAAAAAAAAAAAAGCUUUGAUUUGGCACUUCCAAAAGAAUUUUGCAACAAAUGUGAGAGAAAAUCUGGAUGGCCACUGUAUAUUUGAUGUGAAGUAUUUAGAUUCUCUCUUUGAAACACUUUUUAAGUUUCUUUGAUAGCAAUGACUUUUGUAAGGAUUGGUAUUCUCUAUCAUUCCUUAUGACUUGCACAUUGUCUGUCACUAAUACUUGACCUUGCUGUAUUAUCACCUAAAUAACUGAUGCCGGUACUGAUGGAAAUCUCUAAUGGAUAAUCAUAACACUUUUGGUCACAUGUCCUUUUGUCUUUCCUGCAGCCUUGAAGGUUUUAAGAAAUCUCAAAUGCCCGCUGCUGCUGCCCUUUUAAUUGCUAUCUUUUGAAAAGCACCAGUAUGUGUUUGAAUUGAUUUCCCCUUUUAAGGGAAAUGACAGCCAGCAGUUACAGUUCUAAUGGUAUAAGCAAGACAAAUAAAACAUGUUUAUAAAAAUUGUAUCCUGGAACACUGGUUUUCAACGACUGAAACAAAUUCAGUGUGAUUGGGGUGACAUUUCAUAACGUUUUGUUUGGGGUUGUUUUUUUUUCCCUGAUAGAUUCUCUUUUUUCCUGACUAGAUGUAAACCCACCUCCUGUUUUUCUGAUUUGAUUCUAAUAGCUGUGACUUCUGGGAAACUUCUUUUUACGGACUUUUCCUUUUCAUCAAGGCAGCAAUGUAUAAAAGAAAUGGCAUAAGACUAGGAGCUGGAAAAUACCAAGUCUUAUUCAAGUUUUACUGCAUACUUGUGAUAUAAUCUUUGGAAAAAUCACUUGUGCCUACCUUUUGCGCACAUGCACUCUCUCUGCAGUGGGGAGAAUAUAUUGAUAGCUGCCUCCAUAGAGGUGUUGGUAGUUCUGUUGCAUUCUAUAGCACGUGCAAGAAGAAAAGUGCUAUGUAUAUGUUAAGUAUUGCUCAUCUGAUAAUUCCUACCUGUGGAAAGGUGAAAUUAAGGAACAGCUACGUGUUGUUUAACUGUUGUAUACAAAACUGAAGGUUGUUUUCACUCAGAGGGUCAUUUCUACUUUGUAUCACAACUUGAGCUUUCCUAACUUGUAGUCAGCUAUUUUGACUUCAUUGUGAAAUAACCUGAAACUCCAUACAAAUAGGGGGUACUAUCACUUUUCCAUGUUCUGUGUGAAGAGUACAAAUGAGAUAUGUUUAUAUUGAGAAAAGUGAGAAGCUUGUGAAGACAAUAUUCCACACCAGACAUCUUGAGACGAUGCUGAUGGUUAGAAGCAGCGGUUUUAGUCAAAGCCUAGAAACAUUCCGUACCAGAAUAACAAGAUAAACUGCAGUCCGGUGAGAAGUUGCUGUUCUGUGUCUUUUUUAGGAAGCUAUUACUGAGAUAAUAGUCCCAACUGUUUUUUAACUGGAAAAAAAAAAAAAAAGAAAUAAAAAGACAAACCUUUUAAUGUUGAACUCAUGUAGGAAACCAGUGAAUUCUUCUUUUCUAAUUACUUCUUUUGUGCAUCGGCUUUUUAAAUGGUUGGUAGAACACAAGCUGUUCAGCUUUUUCCAUUGCACACCAAAUGCUUCUUAAAUAGCUAAUUGUAGUUUGAGAGUGAACUUGCAGCAUACUGAAUUAAAGCCUGCUGAAUGCAUCAGAACAUUCCACUUAAGGUUUUGGGUUUGGUUUGUUUUUUUUUUUGUUCACCUUAAAUUUACUAAUAAAACAUUGGGUAGUUGAGAGGCCUCUUAGUUGAGAUCCGGCUUUGUGAGCCUUUCCAUGUAUGAAAAUGGUCUUUAGAGUAGCUGCUCUACUGUGUGCUGAUAGGGGGAGAUGUGUUAUAAUAGUAACAACCAUAAAACAAGUACAUUACGUGUGUUUAAUCUGGGAAUUUGCACUGACUCUAAUCUCAAUACAUGUGUCUAAUAAACAGUAUACUGAAACAUCAGCUCGAGUCACGGUAUGGCACGUGGAUCCACUAACUGAUGUUCUGGCCUGCUAAGAGGAGCUUUUAAGUAUCUUCACUGCAUAACUUAGCUGUAGAUCCAAGUUAGAUCCACAUCACAAGCACCCCAACGUAGGUUUCUUUUGGAAAAGGUCAUCUUUUGAACAAAGGCCAUUAUAGAAGUGACUCUGUUGAGGCAGAACAGUGGCAGUUCUGGGCUGGUUCUGUUGCUGAGCCCUUUAUGGAUGCUGGUGGGCAAAGUUGUGUUUAUUCUAUUUAGGUGCUACUGUAGGAUGACUCAGGCCUGGUGCCUGUGGCUGGAAAGCUUGAGUGAGUAUAACAAAGUGCUAAGUCUGAGCCUGCAUGUAGACACAUCAGUUGCGCUCUUUGGUGGUUUUACUUGAUUCUUUUGUGAAUCAGUCUUUGGGGACCAUAACACACAAGUUGUGACUACUUGCAUGUAGGGCUACUGUAAGGAGAUAGAUUUUUAUUUUGGCAGGGAUUUCUCUUAUCUAAUACUGUGAUAAUGUGUGAUGGUAUGUUUGAGAACCAACUUGUAGCUUCAGCAUCCUGCUUCCUCCUGGCUUUAAUAUGAGGAUUCUUGAGUAGAUGAUAAAUCACAUGAGUUUUCUACCUAAUGUUACUAUGUCUGGGAAACUUGGAUCCUUCCUAGCCAUCCUACAAUGUGAAGAUUUAACUCAGAAAUCGUGAGCUAUUGUCUCAUACCUGAGGUCAAUGUUGUGCUACAUUUUACUUCUGUGUUUUCCCUGGAUACAGGCUGUCUAAAAAAGAACAGUUCACCAAUAUGUCUUUUGGAUUUUGCUGUGGCAGGAGUUCUAGACUUCACCUAACCCCUAUUUUCUUUCCAAGGUACUGUCUUUUGUGUACAGCAAUCAGAGUAGUUGGGAGAAUAAUGUUCAUUUCCUGUUAAUAGCCAGUUAAUGGCUGGGACUUCAUAACUCUGGAGAACUUUGUGACCUUAAAAAUGUCUCAAAAUGUCCUGCUGACCUUACUUGUUUGAUGGGCAGAUUCUUUGAUUGUGUCUUUGGAGAAUGGAUCAGGCUUCCUUCUUUCCCCCAAAUGGCAUCUGAAUAAUUACUUUGGAGAGAGAAAUGUUAGUGAAAAGGCUUUAACUCUAGACAAAUACUGAAAAGAUGGUAAAUGAUACUGAAAAAGUGGUUAAAUUUCACGUGAUUAAAAGCAAAUAGGGCAAAACCUUUGUGGUCCAGUAGAAUAAGGCACAAAACCAAUUGGUCAGGAAAAUCUUGAUCUUCCUAUUCUUUUCUUUUUGAAGUUCUGGAACAGCCUAAACCGAGUAAUUGGCUUUUCUUACCUCUUCUUUGCAAGAACCAUUCAUUAUAAACGCACAUCUGAGAUGCAAAUGUUUGGCUCAGGGGACAGAAUUGUGCUGUAUUGUCUAUAUCUCCUGUGGCUACAAAGAGACAUGAGAACAUUGCUCAAUAAUCGGCCCAUUAACGAGGCCGCCAGUCACAUCCUGAAAAUGAAGAUCAUCCCUCUUGCUCAUGUAAAGCUGUUUUUGAUUAAAGUGUGUGCAAAAUAUCAAAACAGAUACUUGAUGAUACAACUUUAUAGCUGGAGUUGAGGUUUGUGACUAUGAAUAGCUAUGUAUUUUAGUCUUUAAAUCUAUGCACCUGUUUUUGCAGUAUUCCAUCUGCACUGGAUGUGGAUGAGGCUAGAAAGGCUUUUAAUCACUUGAGCUGGCACCAGCUAAGUUCUUACAGAUGGGGUGGGUUGGUAUUCACCACUGACCACAAAAUCAGUGCCUCAUCAGAAGAAUAAGCAGGAAAUGAUCCCAAACAAUAAUCUUCCCCUUUUGAACUUAGAAGAUAAUUUCCUUGUUUAAAUGUGGGUUUAAAUUCAGGUCUGAUUAUUGUCUGGGAACUCAAACAUUGCAGAAUUGUGGUGUUUUCUUCUAAUUCUGGUUUUCUCUGAAUGACAAUUCAUAAAGUUGUCUUUGACUGUUCCAUCACAUCAGUAUUGGAGUGUUUGGUCUCAUACUAGUCUUGUCUGACUUGUAGUCAGUGGCAGAGUGUAACAGAGGGAGCUUUGAUAUGACCUUUGGGAAAAUUCCCAUGUUUAACACCAGAUGAGCACUCCUGAGAGGUCAUGCAGAAGGCUAAUUGCUUAAACUACAAUGUGCUUCUCUUUGGCCAGUUUGUUUUUCCAGAGGGAGGGAGAUGGGGAAGGUUCUUCCAAUUUCCUGGUUGGCAAAUACUGUUUGUUUUUACGCUGGAAUGUUUUUCAUCCUGGUCAGUGCAUUUUCCAAGAGGAAAGGUUCUGUGUUUUUGAGAACUGCACCUGGCUGCUUAGGAUUUGAUGUUGCAUUCAGAUCAUCGAGCACUGAAAGUGAAGAAGACAUCUGUGCUGUAGCAGGCUGUUGAAGAAACUUAAUGGCUUUUCCUUUACAUGAAAGCAAGCCCCUGCCCCUCAUACAUUUCCAUGGCACUUUGGAGCAGCAGCUCUGAUUCCUAUCCAUUCUCCAGGGUUCCAGAACCAGGGCACUGUUGAAUUCUUGGUGUGGUGUGACAGAGUCUCUUAAUGAGAAACUUUCUUUUCUAAACAAUUUAACUAAGGGAAGAGGUGCUAUUCCAUUAACCACUUCCUUAGGCAUUUUGAAUUGAAGGCAUUAAAAUAGUCUGUGGCUUUGUAGAUCCAGCCUUAACGGAGGGAAGGAAAUCUUGUUUUCCAAAAUCCACAUCCUAAAGCCAGUUUGAGCAGCAGGAAAACUUCAGCCUGACUUGACAUUUUGUUCUGCAUUGAGUUUUUUGUCAUUAGCUCUCGCUGCAGGUUUUAACCCAUUCAUUUUAAAAGGUAGAUUCUGUUCCCCCCUACUUUAGUGUUCAUAAAGUAAUCCAAGGGGUGUAAGCAGCUCAGCUCCAACUAUGGUGGCCAGUUUCUCCUUCCUAUAAAACAUGCCCAAAUACCCAGUAGUGGAUCAAGAGUACACUUGACAUCUUGGUAUUGAGAGAAUUUUUAGUAUAUCCAUUAGCCUUUUAUUAAUGAAAAUGUGUUUCCUUUUUAGAAACUAUUCAAGUUUAGAAUAAAUAAUGCUUCUACCAUAGCAAAUGUCUUCAGAACUCUGUUUAGUUAAUUGUCAGGUUUAAAUUUUCUGAUGGCCUUAAACAUACCUGUAUAUAUGUCUUUGCAGUUCUUUCACUCCACGUUUCAAUCCAAUUUGGUCCAUGGCUUAUGUAAGCAGUUGAAAAAUAAAUCUAUUUAAAUGUU